AUGACCCUGGUUACACCUAACGCCAGUACCCAUUCUUUGCAAAUGUCGGACACCACGGUCCGCAUUUCUAAGGAGCCGCACACCAAGCACUUUAAUCCACACUCAUACACCCUCACCUUAGUGUUAGUGCUGCAUCAGGGGACAUUUCUCCCAAUUUUCCGUUCCUGUCUAGUUAAAACUGUUGCCAACAGCACAGGAAAUAUGGGGGACACAGAACUGGGCCAGAUAUCCUUCAAAGACUUUGAAGAGGAGAACCCCAAGAAGCAGCCAAAGCUUCACUGGUACGAGGUGUACAUGCAACCAUGCAUAGCGGAGUUCAUAGGCACCAUGCUCUUUGUUUUCAUUGGCUGCAUGUCUGUCAUUUGGAACGCAUUCUCCACUGGAAGCCUGCAACCAGCUAUAGCCCAUGGACUGGCCCUGGGGCUGACUAUUGCCAUAUUGGGGGGAAUCAGUGGCGGACACUUCAAUCCAGCGGUAUCUCUGGGAGCCUGGCUGAUUGGAGGACUCAACAUUGCCCUGGUAGUGCCAUACUGGUGCAGCCAGCUGUGUGGUGGAAUGGUUGGAGCAGCACUGGCCAAGGCCCUGACUGUAGAAAAUGUUUAUGAUAUAAGUGCUGGAGCAGCUUUCAACGUGGUGACCAAAGAUUCCGAGGUCGCCCGAGCCAUUGGAGCUGAAAUAGUCAUGACGUUCUUCUUGGUCUUGGCUGUCUGCAUGGGGGCUAUUAAUAAGAAGACCGCUACUCCCCUGGCUCCCUUCUGUAUUGGCUUCACUGUGGCAACGGACAUCUUGGCAGGAGGAAGCAUCUCUGGAGCAUGCAUGAACCCUGCCAGAGCCUUCGGUCCCGCCGUAGCUGCAAAUUACUGGGCCUAUCACUGGAUCUACUGGGUGGGACCUAUGAUUGGAGGUCUGUUAGUUGGCGGUAUUAUAAGGUUGCUGCUGGGAGACUCCAAAAUCCGUAUUUUCCUGAAAUGA